UAGAAAAAAUCAUGUAAAUUUACGUCUUCUGAGACCGACAUAUAUGAGUGUCAAAAAAAACUCAAUUCUACAGUAAAUAUAAUAUAAUUUUAUUCAUUCUAACAAAAAAAAUUAGAAUUUCACAGGUGAUUUAAUCCCUCAUACGAUGUAAUUUAUAGAGACCUAAUUUGUCAAGUGAAGGAAAAUUUUAUUUGUCAUGACUUAAUGUUAGAUGAGCUUGAAUUUUACUAGUCUUGACUGUAACUUGCGUUCUGCUAGCAGGUGCGACUGUAUGAAUUUAAAUGCACCUUUUUCCAGCCCAUCAGAUGCAUGCUUCUGUGGCUCAGUCGAUUAACAGACGUACACACCAAAAAUUUUGGAAUUUUAUCUUUGACAUAUUUUGCAAUAUGACGCAAUCUAUCGCAACUUAAACUGAAAAACGACUCAAUUUUAAAUGCCACAACAUGUAAAGAAAUUAUUUUUUUUUAGUUUCCUAAAAUUGGAGCAACAGCGUUUUAAUAUUACCACCUUGAAGUAAUUUUACUGAAAAUUUGUUAAAAAUAAGUAAUCGUAUAGCCUUCAAUGUUUACUAGUGUAAAAUUACAUUUCUCAAUACCUAAAAAUACGUUAUCGUGUACCUGUAAUUCUUCUAUAAGAAAACAACAAAUUUCUCUUCGCGCGGUUGGAAAUCGAAAUUUCAAAAAUUUUGGUAAAUAUGGUGAUAGUGUGCAAAAUUUGUGGUAUUUCCACAGAAAAUAUUGAGUUUCACAUAAAACAUGUUCGACUUCAUAAAAAAAAUAUUCAUUUCGAGUGCGCUGUAAAUAGUUGUGCGCUAUUUUUUAAAUCUUUUUCGUGUUAUGCUACUCAUCUCCGUCAGCGGCAUAUUGGUAGGAUAAAAGACCGCCAGCUAGAAUGUCCACUCUCAUCGUGUCAGUUUGAGUCCACAGACUUCAGAACAAUGUGUAAACAUGUCAUGAGUCACAUUUCGAAAGGCCAACCAGCAUAUUGCCCAUUAAAAUGUCAAACUAAAAAACCUUUUGCUACGGUCAACACAUAUAGGAUUCAUAAUAUGUAUUACCAUAGAAUGGCAACUCAAAACCUAUCCACCAAACAACAUCAAUCCGACGAAAACAAAUUGCUACUUGACGAAACGCCACCUCAGCUAUCAUUGAGUGAGGACAUUCAAGACGAAGAUACCAUUGAAAAACAACUACAUGAAGUGCAACGAAGUGUAGAACUAUUAUUUGGAACUUUAUUCUUAAAAUUGCUUACAAAAAAUCAUGUAACCGACGUACAAAAAAUCAUGUAACCGACGAUUCAAGAGAUUGUCGAUUCUAUACAGGAGACAGUUUCUCUUGGAAGAAAGUUUUCGGAGUUGACAUACACAAAGCUAAUUGAGGAGAAUGAUGUACCGGUACAUGUGAAGGAGAAGAUUAAACAGUUCAUGUGUUCCAAUAACUUGUUUGCUAACCUUUUCGGGGAGAGGGGGCAUUUUCGUACCUCACACAUCCGAAAAAAGUUUUUUGAAAAGAAUUUUUCAUACGUAUCUCCUGUUCAAGUACAACUUCAAAGGAAUAGAGACCAUGAAAGCUGUUUUUACUAUUAUGUACCAAUUUUGGAUACUUUGACAGCUAUGUUGAAUGAAAAAACAGUCUAUAAUGCAAUAUUCCGCGAUAAGUAUACCAUUCCAGGAUACAUGAGAGAUUACACAGACGGUCUUAAAUACAAAAACAGUAGCUUCUUCAGUAAGAAAACACUGAAUUUGUUCAUUUAUCAAGACGCAGCUGAAGUGGUUGUGAACGCAAUUGGAAACGCAGUUGGUCGCCACAAGCUUGAAUGUGUAUAUAUGGUUAUUGGGAAUUUAGAUCCACACUUACGGAAUCUGACAGAGAAUGUCCAUUUACUAUUACUGUGCAAGACAAAAGAUUUAGCUUAUUUUGGCACACACAACAUUUUUAGAAGAUUUAUUGAAGAUAUUAAAAUACUUGAAGCAGAAGGAAUUCUAAUAAACGGGGGUGGAUAUGAAGAAAGAAUUUAUGGCUCAGUUUUCACAACAAUGAACGAUAAUUUGGGAGCUCACCAGUUGGCCGGGCUAACAGAGAAUUUUUCGAGAAGCUCAUUUUUUUGCCGCUUCUGCUAUAUCGAACAACAAUCUUUUCAAAAUGAUUGCUUCACUUUUGCUGAACCGAGAACACCUCAAUCACACCGCCAAGAUAUUUCCAGAAUAAUUAAUAUGCCAUCUGAAAUACCGUACCGUGGAGUCAAAGCAACUUGCAUUUUAGACGAACUUAAAUAUUUCGAAAUGUUUUUCUAUGGAGCACCGCCAUGUGUUGCUCAUGAUGUGUUUGAAGGAUGGGCUAAUGGAGAUAUAUUUUUAAUAUUUAAUCGAUUAGUAAAAGAGAAGGUCUUCUCUGGAAAUUUUCUACAAGCAAAAAUCAAUAGCAUUUGCAAACAACUUAAAUUAAAAAUUAAAAUUAAUUUGGACUUCACAAGAAAAAUGAAAAAUAUUAAGGCAAAGGCUUGUGAUAUUUGGCAUUUAAUUCAAAUAAUUCCAUACAUUUUCAUCGGCCAACCAAUAGAUUUCAAUAAUUCAUUAUUAGUAAUGCUACUCUUAAUUAAGCAGAUAACGGAUAUUAUUACAUCUCCAGUGAUUUCACAAGAACAAACUCAGUUACUCUCUUCGGUUUUGAGAGAAUAUCUGGAGCUUAGGACUAAAGAGUUUGAUUCACCCUUAAAACCAAAACACCACUUCACUACUCAUUAUCCUCAAAUGAUUCUUUGGAUGGGACCAUUAAUGUCCUAUUGCACUCUUUUCUGUGAGCGAAAGCAUUGUUUCUUCAAAAGAGCAUUGCGAAGUACACUGAACUUCAAAAAUGUGGUUAAGUUCUGCAGUGAACAGCACCAAUUAUAUCAAGGCUUCCUGAACACAAAAAAUGGCCGAUAUGAACAAGAUUUUCUGGUAGAAAAGUUCGUGGAAUCUUUCAAAUAUUUGUCAGAAGCUACCCAAAACCAUUUGAACGAUCACAAGCUAUUAGACGAUGAAAACGUGUAUGCCGAAGAAGCUGUGCAUCACGGUUAUAACGAUAAAAAAGGAUAUUUUGUUUUUCUAAGACACGAUGAGUUCAGCGAAUGCUUCUAUGUUUUGAAAAUUAUUCUCAUGAUUUUUCAAAGAAAAACUAGUAAUAUUUUCAUUUAUGGAGAAUGCAAAGCUGUUGUAGACAUUCACGAAAAAGGACUUCUUUUAAUUCAAAACAAAUGUUUGCCAACCGAGGUUGUGAAUAUUAAUAACCUCAUUGAUAAAACACCAUUAGGGUUUUACAAUGAAAAUAACUACAAUUAUUUAUUCAUAAAACACUCAAUUCCGCUCAUAAAGUAACUGUAUAUAUAAUAUAGGCGUAACAUGGAUUCUCUGAUAGUAUUUAAAAUUUGUGAUUCGACACGACUUCGCCGUUGUGCUAUUCCAGCGGUUGGAAACAUUUCAAGCUUAUUGGAAGAAGGUAUGUAAUAUUUAAAUAAAAUUAAAUAAAAUAUGUAAUUUUUCAUUCUUUUUAGGAUCAUCUGCAUUAGAAAUCCAAGCAACACAGAUUUUAACUGAACAUGAUGGAUGCCGUAUAACUUCUGACUUGGUUUUACAUGUGUUUAAAGAUAAGUUGUUGAUGCUUUUGGAAUCAAACGAAAUGUGGAUUCCUGCACAAUCCUUGCACCUUCGAUACGGAGAAACCAGUGCACAAACUGAUGGUAUGUAAUGCACUCUUUUUAACUGAUCAGGCUUAUGGAAAUCUCUUUAUUUCUACAUUAUAAGUUCUCGCUUCAUUGUACUAUUAGGUUUAUAUAUAGAACUUUCUUUCAAUUCGACUAUUGGUGUCGUCAUAUAACUUUAUUGCUAUGAGAGAUUCCAGCAGUUCUUAAUGUUUUCAAUAGUAGUCGACAUGAUUAAUCCGAGCCACUCAUUUGCAAUGAAUUCCUGAAAUAACUUAUACUGAUGAACACAUAAUUUAGUUUUAUUACAUGAAACCAACCUUGAGUAACUAUGGCGACAAGUCUAAUGUUUCAAACUGUUGGACCAUUUCCGAUUACUGUUAUUUUUUUCUGCGAUAACAAAUGUCAUCCUAGAACAUGAGUUGCCAACUUUAUAUUUGUAUACUGGAACUAAACAUUUCUAUAACAGUGAUGCAAAAUUAAAUUGAAAACAAGGUAUAAUAGCGGCCCUUAUACGAGUAAUUAAAAAUGUCAUUACUAAGAAAUAAUAUCAUUUUAAUGAACGUGUAUGGUGCAGUAAUGACAAGAUUUCUAUAAAAUUUGAAAAACGUCAUUACUUACAUAUCAUUAAAAAUAACAAAAAUAAUUCUCGUGUAAGGUCCGCUAAUGAAUCUAUAUAAUCAGAUACACAACAGAUUAUACAUAUCUUAAGAACUUUUGUUAAUAGGUAUAAUAAUUUAUCACGCAUACGUUAAUGUAGAUAUUUCUUCCCAAAAUAAAUUGAAUCUGUGCCGUGGGCCCGUAUCGAACUGUUGGGCACAAAAGAAUAAAACAGUGUAUGUAAUCAGAAAUACCAGAUAAUAUUAACAAAUAUGGCAGCAAUGAUCAUGACCGAGAAAUGACAAGCAGAGUUUCCAUUUUAAAUUCUGUAUUUCAACUUAAAAAAUCUAUACACCAUCUGUGUUGCAUAUUUUAGAUAAUAAUCUGUGAAAAUUGUGGAAAACAUUUGGAAAAUUCGCCGAUUUUAUUAUAUAUUCAUAAAUAUUUAUCGAUUUCAAAAAUUGUGGAAAAUUGUAUCACUUUUAAAAUCUGUGCAACAUGUUUAAAAAUCUGUGAAACACUGACAGUGAUCUUGGCAUCUCUGGUCGUAAACAAACUAAUUGAACGAAAAAUGCAACAGGGCGAAACUUCAUUUUUCAUAUAAGGAGCAUAGAAGCAAACAAAUCAAUAUGGAUUAAAUUAUUUUGAAGAAAAGAAAAAAAACGUGUAGCGUAUUGGUAGGAAAAUAAUUGAUAGUACCUAAACAAGAAAUCUGAAUCUUAACUAAAUUCCAAGUAAUCAUCAAUAUUUUUGUCCGUUUGUCGUUAAUGAGAGUUUUGUCCUUCUUUGGAAAACAGCUGAGUUAUAUGUUUUUUUUUUGUUUUUAGUUUAUGUAAUUAUAAAAGAGUUGAGAUUAAACUGCGGAGUGACCGUUUUAAGUAUAUAUUAGGUGAUGACUCAACUCAUAUUCAGCAAAGAAACAAUAGUCCUAACGAUAAACAGAUGAUGGCUACUGAUACAUUCUUGCGAAUUUCUCCUCAACAGGAUGAAACGUCAAUAGUUUAUAGAUCAAACAAAAUACCAUACCAAAACUUAUUUCCGUAUCAAGAAGCUACAAUAGAAGAUAAUAUCGGCAAUUCGUCCAUGCCAGAGGAAGAUCCGCUAUUAAUCAUCCACGUAAAUGAAAUGGAUGUUGCUGAUUCUUUGAUUGAACAGGAUGAAAAUUUGUUUUCGAAUAGCAAAGAAAACAAAGGCGAAAAAGUUAAACUUGUCAAAGGUGCCAAGAAACACGCUUCAUGUGAGAUGAAAUUUAAUUCUUUUCAAAUUAACUGGAAUAAGAUUAGUGACAGUAUCCUCGAUCGUUUGCAAAAAAUGCAAAACUUUCGGAACGAAAAUUCAGGUUUACCAGUGCCAAAAUCAUUUCAGAUUUGUAAAACCGAUUUUAGUGGUAUGAUUAAUUGUAUAGUUGACCAGCUAAGAUCCAUUGAUAAUCUCAUUCGAGCGGAUGUUAUGGAGAAAGUUGCACUACAGAUAACAAAAAAGUUUCCAUGUCUAAAUUUUGUGGAUGACGACGGUUUCGGAACAUGUACUGGUUAUGUAUGGUUAAAGCAAAAAAUGAUAAACCGUAAUGCUUAUCUCAAUCGCUAUAAAGAUCCAGAUCAAGUGAAAGCAUGUUCGGUCAAGAUCCGACGAUAUCGGAAUAUAAGAGCCGGAACAAUUAAAGAGUACUGGAAAAAGUCUUCUAAAGAUUGUUCCAAGGAGAUUAUUUCGUUACUGUCCCGAAACGAACCGGAACUACUUACUAGAGAAUUUCUCGAAACGUCUCUUUCUUAUGUUAGAUACCGUUUAGAUGAAGAUAAUUCACUUAAAGAGGUUUUGACGAGCCUCCCGGUAUUGAAGCGACGAUGCCUUCUUAAUUACCAUUUCGAAUGUGCGACGGGUGUACAAGUGGAUUUAUUGGAGAAAUAUUUCUCAGCUAAACGGACGAAAAUCAUUCAUUUCUCGAAGAGCAAUAAAAAGUUUGGUGUAUUGGACAGUUAUUCAUUGGAUUACGAUAUAUUUAAGUUUUUGUGCUGUUCUUUGGGAGAAAAGAUUAGUGACGUUAUUAUUCAAAAAGAGAUGGGCACUAAAAUUGAUUUCGUUACUACUGACUGUUCAGGUCCAGUACUCGUUGCUGUAGAUUGCGGAAAUAAUGUGUGGAUGCAUUAUGUAUUUGCGGAGCAAGUGUGCUUAAGCGAAGGAACCGAAUUAUUGAUUGUCGCCAUUAUGGAUUUGAUGUCAAUUCAUUAUGUACAUAAUUUCAUGUAUAUGAAACAAACAUCGAAGUUCAUGGAGUUCAUUCAGGAAUACUUUCUUAAGAUACUCCCCAUAAGUGGAUCUAAAUCAAAUGCAACACGCAAGGGACAGCAGCAGCGAGUCGUUAAGCGUCUAAUAGAGAAUAUCUCGAAUCAUACUUUGGAUUGCUAAGCAAUAUCAGUAUAUAGGUCUCAUGUUUCAUCUAUAUAAGCCUACAUACAUUUUGAGUAAUCGUUCUUGUUAAACUUUGUAAUUUAUUCUGUAAAGUUGAAAAUGUUUCAUUAAUUGAACUGGUAAUUCAAUAAAUACAAUUGGCUAACGAAUAGCAAUGUAUUAUAAUUUCAAAUAAUCGUUAUUUCUUUAGUGCAUACAACCAUGAAUUUUAUUGCAAGAUCUCGUAAACUUAUGCCCCAUUGUGUAAAAUUAGAACUUAUUUUAAUUUUACACGACUAAGAUCAAUUCAUGGUAAAAUUAAAGGUUUGUAAAAUUAUGUGCCAUGUAAAAUUAAUAAUACAUUUAAA